AACGAUUUACAGUUUUCAAUGUUCAAUCAGUUGUGAUUCUGUAUGUUUGAAAAGUUUCUUUCACUUCAUAACCGAUUGUUGGAGGUUUGAGGAGGAAAUCAUUUGAACAGGGGCUUUUAUCUCGUUAAAAUGUCGAUUCGACUUGUUUUUUUCAUUGUUUGCAAUAUUUUAUUUGUGAAUGGAUCAAACAUACUGAUUCUGGCCACAUUACCUUCACCAAGUCAUCAUAUUUGGAUUGGAGCAGUAACCAGUGAAUUGGCCGGACAUGGACAUAAUAUUACUGUGAUUUCACCAGAUAUUGAUAAAAAUCCACCGCCUGGAAUACACUACAUUUUAAUCGAAAAUCAGUAUACCGAUGUUAACAGGCAAUUUUUAAAAGAAAUGCUUUCGGCGCCAGGCGCAACUAGUUUAAUCCAGGAUGCUUUGGCUAUGUUUAAAGUUCGCACCGAUAUUUGUGAAGCACAAGUCCAAACAAAUGGUUUUAAAACAUUGCUCAACUAUCCGGACAAUUUCAAAUUCGACCUAAUUAUUCAUGAUUACACCUGCGGUCCAUGUCAUUUACCAUUUGCCCAUAAAUUCAAAAAUCCACCACUAUUGGGUGUCACCGGAUACAGCAAUCCAUCCUUUAUGCCUUUGAUGAUGGGGGGACACCAAUAUACUGCAUAUAUUCCACACAAUGCACUUUUGUCGGAUAAAAAUAUGAACUUUUUGGAAAGACUCACGAAUUUUCCAAUUUAUGGCCUGGAAAAUGUAUAUCGACAGCAAUUUUUUAUUCCGGCUAUUGACACUAUAGUCCAAAAAAGUUUUGGCACGAAUAUUCCAUCAGUCAGUGAAUUGGAGAAAAGAACGGCACUUGCAUUUGUUAAUACAAAUCCGGCCAUGGAUUAUCCGGCACCACUUUCAGAAAAUAUAAUUCCAGUCGCUGGCCUACAUAUCAAAGAUCCAAAACCGAUACCAAGUGAUUUGAAGGCAUUCGUUGAUUCGUCAAAUAAAGGGAUAGUUAUAUUCUCACUCGGAACUAACUUCCGAAGUGAUUUUCUGCCGGAAGCGAAACAAAAACUUUUCUUGGAAGUUUUUCGACAAUUUCCGGAUUAUCAUUUUCUGUGGAAAUUUGAGAGCAAUCUUCCUGCAUCAAAUUUACCGAAAAAUGUUUUAAUUCGGCCGUGGUUGCCCAUCUCAAACAUUUUGGCUGAUUCUAAAACAAAAGCGAUUUUCUUUCACGGCGGUUUGUUAACAACCCAAGAAGCCAUUUGGCGAGGCGUUCCAAUGAUUAUAAUGCCACUGGGAUUCGAUCAGAAGCAGAAUUUGAUGAAAACAAAACGACUGGGGAUAUCUGAAGGUGUUGAUUAUUUUUCACUAUCAAAAGCUGAAUUAAAAAAGACUCUUCAUAAAGUACUUGAAGAUCCAUUAUAUUCGAUAAAUGCUUUGAAAUGGUCGGCCAAAUUCAGAGAUCAAAAAGAGAAACCGUUAGAUCGAGCUGUCUGGUGGAUCGAAUGGUUACUUCGGAAUCCAGAUUGCGAUCACUUGAAAUCGCCUGUUCUUCAACUUGGAUUUAUCGUCGGAAAUUCAUACGAUAUCAUUGCGUUUAUUAUAUUACUUGUCACUGUUAUCUUAAUCAUUUCCCUAAAAAUCUUUGGUCAUUGUAUUAGAAAAUGCUCAAGAAACAUUUAUUCAAAAGAAACUAUGCCACAUAAAAAAUUCGAAUAAAGAACGCCCUUUUUAUCAUAUCGUGCCAUAUAGCAGCAAGAUAGUCAAAAACGAAAAAAACGUUUUCGAUCGAUUUUUCUCGCUUUUCCGAUGGAAAACUCGCACAAAUAACAAAAUUAUUCAUCCCCAUAGAGAAUGUAACAUCGUGGUUAUUCGCCCAGAAGAUUUUGAACCAUGUCGCAUCUACCUACUCCACAAGCUUCCACUUAAGCUCAUUUCAUCUCUCUCGCGUAUGAAUGUAGUUUACUCUAUUUAUCAUGUGAGCUGUCUAUAGUGGAUCAACUGGUUACUUCGGAAUCCAGUAACAAGACUGCCGGAUGCAGUUCUUGGUUCAUUGUGCCAAUAAAUAAAUUUUAAUUAUAUACAAUAUAUUAGCCAAAUUGUAUAACUGAAUAAAUGUUAAUCUAA